UUCCUCUUCUGAGUGUAUUUUACUGCAAAUUACAAGACAGGAAGUUCACUUGUACCUGCCAGCAACAGUACUCAGUAACUUUAUUUGAUCAAGAACAACAACUGAAUCUUGUUUGAAACUUAAAAAUAAAAAUUAAGACAAAAGCAGCACUAAGAGGAAAAAUUCAAGCAUGGAAGGUGCUGAAGCUUACAAUUACACAGAAGAUAUAGACUAUGAAGAUGAAAGUUGCAACAAGGAGGAUGUUCAAAACUUUGGAGCCAUUGUAACGCCUAUUCUUUACACCCUGGUUAUAGUUUUGAGCCUCAUUGGGAAUCUGUUGGUCCUGUGGAUUCUGGUAAAAUGUGAAAAUCUGAAAUCAAUCACAAACAUUUUUAUUCUAAACCUUGCUGUCUCAGAUCUGCUUUUCACAUUUUCCUUGCCUUUCUGGGCUUUUACCUAUACAUACAGGUAUGGUUGGGUCUUUGGAGAACAUAUGUGCAAAGUCAUACAAGCCACCUUUUAUGGUGGUUUUUACAGUGGUAUACUUUUCCUGACAAUGAUGACCAUUCAUCGCUAUAUUGCAGUGGUCCAUCCACUAUAUGACCUAGGCUCAAGGAAGAGUUGCUACGGCAUCACAGCCACAGUGAUAAUUUGGAUUGUCAGUAUUUUAGCAACAAUUCCUGUAAUGUACUUCAAUGAAGUAAAAGCGGAACAAUCAGAUAUUAAUGUUAUGAUCUGUGACUAUCACACAUACCCAUGGAAGCAAAUAGGAGCAUAUCAGCAAAAUGUUUUUUUUUUACUUGCCUUUUCUGUUAUUAUAUACUGUUAUUUCAGAAUACUUAAGAAGUUACUUCAGUCCAAAACACAGAAGCGUUAUAGAACAGUUAAACUCAUAUUCUGUAUUGUGGUUGUCUUCUUUUUUGGGUGGGCCCCUUUCAAUGUUGUUAUCUUCUUACGGACACUGGUACAUUUUAACAUACAAUACUUUGCUGAUUGCGAAGUGAGUAAACACCUUGAUUAUGCAUUGUAUGUUUGCAGAAAGAUUGCCUUUUUCCACUGUUGCCUCAACCCAGUUUUUUAUGCCUUUGUGGGAGUAAAAUUCAGAAACCAUCUGAAGACUUUGUUGAAGAAAUGUUGGUUCUAUAAAAAUAACGAAGAGCAGCCAAUGACUCCCACUCGAGUUCGUUUCAGCUCUCAUGGUGGAGAAGGCUCAAUUUACUGAGAAAUAUUUGGAGAUGGAUUGCCACUUUAACCUUAGCUAGAAGUAACAACAUGUUUGAGAAUUAGUGCAUUUAGUUUUUAAACAUGCAAUUAGAAGAUACAUACUAGUGGUUAAAAAAAUGUGUUUUCAAUACUUCUGUACUUUGACGUGUGUGAAUAUUAACGUAAAGAUAAUGGCUAACAAAUAUAAACAUAUUUUAUGAUUUUUGCCUCAUUUAUCGCUACUAUGUAAUUUGUUAGAUUGUACUGUAAAUAAGAUACUUUUCAAUGAUGUAUUAUACUUUUUUUUUAAAAACCCAUUAAUGUUUUGUUCUGCAGUACAACACCAGAGAUUAGCUGGAGUUAUGUUUUGUCAAUGACUCUGUUUUUCAGAACAUAAAGUCGUUAGAUUUUCUUAAUUGAAAAGAAUAAAAAAAUAUAUAUAUUGAGGAGUAAAUAUUGCUGAAAGUAUAUUGAUUGAUAAGAUAAUGCUUUAUCUUAACUUCAACAAUAGCCAAUAGCUUAAGCUUGAGGAGAAAACAAUGACAUUGGAUUGUCUGGACUGGUGCGUUUUUUAAUUCCAAUUUGGUUAAAAUGUUGCCAACCUGGAUAGUGUUGUCAGAGGUCGUAAGCAAGUUCCUAAAGCUACCAGAAUGUUUAGAAAAACAUGCCAGUGAAGUAGACAUUUAAUCUUAACAGUUUUCAAUAUGUCAAUCAAUUAAAUCUUUGUAGCUAUCACCUUUGUUUGUACACAAGGAAAACAGGGAAGGAGCAACCCAGCACUGAAAUAAACGAUGAGUUCCCAUUCCCUUACAAAAAAUGACCACAU